AUUUCCACUUACUCGGCGUUUGCGGUCGCAGCUACCGCUGGGGUCAUCUGUUUGACAUGGAUAAUUAAAUCAAUGGUUUCUAGCAGAUAUCGCCGUCGAAGGCUUGAUGAAAAACUAAAUGCCCAAAGUUACGUUUAUGAUGCCAAGGAAAACAUAAGAACCUCUCCGUAUACUAGGGAUGGUCCUCUUGUCGAUAAAUUGAUGGGCAAUCUUUCAACACUUUAUGAAGUAUUCCAGCACGGACUCAAAAUUGCAAAAAAUCAGCAUUGUCUCGGUUGGAGGCCAGCACCGGAUGCGCCGUACAAGUGGAUUACAUAUGCCGAGACCUAUCGUCGAAUUUGUCGUUUGGGUUCGGGUCUUAAAACACUCGAGUCAGCUGAUUUGAAGGAUGUCUGCAUUGGUGUUUACGCCACUAACUGCGUUGAAUGGGCGCUCACUCAGCAAGCGUGUUUGACGUUCGGCUUUAUUAUCGUGCCUCUUUAUGACACACUUGGAGAAGUUGCUCGCAAACACAUUCUUGAGCAAACUGAGUUGUCUAUAUGUGUUUGUGAUUCCGCUGCCAGAGUGCGGAACAUUUUGGAAGACACGGCCGCAACAGGCAGUUGGGUAAAGCAUGUCAUCCUCAUUCAUCCCAGUGGCGAGCUUGGUGUUUUGCGUUCAGAGGCCGAAGCUCACAACAUCAAGUUGCAUACGUUUGAUGAGGUGUUGGCAAUGGGAAAGGAAGGUGCUCAGCCCGAUAAACUACCCCAACCUGAUGACCUUCACCUCAUCUGCUACACAAGUGGAACUACUGGUCGACCCAAAGGUGUUAUGAUUACUCACCGCAUGGUUGUCUCCGUUAUUGCUGGUUUUGAUCUGGAAUUGCAGGAAGUUGACAUCAAGCCAGGUGAUUACUACCUCUCAUUCCUUCCAUUGGCCCAUGUUUUUGAACAAAUCGUUAUGCAAUACGCUUUGGGUCGUGGUUCAGCCGUCGGUUUCUUCAGCGGAGACUUGCGUCGGCUUUCGGACGAUAUCCUUGCCCUCCGUCCAACGCUUUUCGUUGCGGUGCCGCGCGUACUUCAGCGCCUCUACGGCACCGUCCAGGCCGCUGUCGCUAACUCUUCUAUCAAGAGAUGGCUUCUGAAAACCGCCGUUAACGCCAAAAUGAGCUAUGUCAGGGAGGGUAUUGUGACUAGAGACACGUUCUGGGACAAGUACGUUCUCAAACCCAUCCAGGAUAGAAUGGGUGGACGUCUGCGUUUCUUUGCCUGUGGCAGCGCCCCCAUAUCGGCGGAAGUCUACUCGUUUUGCAGAGCUGCCUUAGGUGUUCAUGCUUACGAAGCUUAUGGUUUGACCGAGUCCUGCGGAGCAAUGAUAAUGACUCUUCCCAAUGACUAUGUUGCUGGUCACACGGGCACUCCACUUUCUUGCUCCAUGAUUAAACUCAUUGAUGUACCUGACAUGGAUGUCAUUGUUUCUCGGGAUAAUGCUGGCGAGAUCUGUGUGAAAGGUCCCAGUUGCACAAAAGGCUACUAUAAAGAUCCAGAACGAACGGCUGAACUUAUUGAUGCUGACGGUUGGCUUCAUACUGGUGACAUCGGUCAGUGGACUCCGCGUGGCGCCUUGAAGCUUAUUGACCGGUGCAAGAAUAUGUUUAAGUUAGCACAAGGCGAAUAUGUUUCGCCAGAACGAGUGGAAAUGAUCUACGCACAAAGUCACUUGGUGAACCAGAUUUUCCUUGAUGGGAACUCGCGCGAGUCAUUUGCCAUCGCAAUUUGCGUACCUAACAUGAAGUCACUGCGUGAAGCCAUGUGUCUCAACACAAACGGCUCUGUUGCCAAUGGGCUGGUUAAUGGUGCCCUCAAGAAAGCUAAAGAAUGCGAAAUCUCUGAUGAGGAACUCUGCGCCAAGAAGGAGGCCUGCCUCAUCGUUCUCAAAGAUCUCGUCCGUCUUGGUAAGGAGGCUGGUCUUAAGGGAUUUGAGCAGGCGAAGUCAAUAUUCCUUACACCUCACGAGUUUACGGUUGAGUCUGGCCUAAUGACACCUACUCAAAAAAAGCUUCGCAUUGCCUUUCGUAGAACUUUCAAGGACGAAAUAAACCGGCUUUAUCGGGAGGAGAUGAUUUUGUAA